GCGGAGCCGCUUCAUUGCGGCCUCUGCUAGCGGUGCGCUAGCUCGCGCCGUGCCUUGCGCGCUCGCUCUCCCGAGCGGUUGUCCGACGGCGGACGCCGCCUUGGCUCCUGGCGGCUGCUCGGCCGCGGCUUCCGCCCCCGCCGCUGCAGAUCCAGGGCCCACGCCCUCACUACGAUGUCGGCACGCCUUGAGUGUGACCGGCAUGGAGUCCCGCAGUUCGACGGGACGGCAGAUGUGUUUGAAGAAUAUUAAUGAGGAACGGGCUUGGGACCUGUUCUAUGGAAGAGCUGGCAACGACGCCACCCAGAUCGCCACACCGAUCCACCUUCGAUCAGGACUCACGGCCGCUGCUUAUGAUGCUGUUCGCAAGCUGAGCCACGAAUCCCUGUGCACUUCGAGGGAUGGAAAGGCGACUGAUGCUGGCAUGAAGCUCCUCAUCCGGACUCUCAAAGAGUCCAUAGCUGCUGAAGUUCCGGUGAGGAUCAACGAGCUCUUCCUGACCGCCUUCUACUCGCCCCAGGUUUGGAGAAAGCCCUCAGAGACGAUGCAACAAUAUAUUGUGAGAAGGGAGCAGGACUUCAACCGGUUGCUGGAAGCAUCAUCUGGCACCCAGGUCUCCGACAACCUCCGCAGUAUGAUGUUGCUGAUCUUCUCCGGCCUGGACCACCGCGAGCAGUUGAGCGUCCUUGCAAGUGUUGGCAAUGAGUAUGACUUCAAGAAGAUCAGUCGUGCCCUGAGGAUCCAAUACCCUCAAGCCACGGGCAAGCCACUUGCAAGAAGAGAUUAUUUGGGAGCCAGCCGAGGCUCACGAAGCUUCAAUGAUGGCCCACCUCAGAGCCGCUACAAGUGGAAGAUGACCCAAAAGGCUCGUUCAGUUCUGGCUGCAACCCAUGAAGAUGAUGAUGAUGACCCUGCAGCCGACCUCGGCGAAGAGAUCUUCUACGAAGAUGAGGUCCCUGACGAUGACGAGCCGGCUGAUGAGGCCUUCGUGAACUACUCCGACGAUGAAGAGUUGGAGGCCCUCCUGAGCGAGAAUCGGGAACUGCUAGAUGAUUCCCAGGUGGCUGAAGCAUACGCCACCAUUGCUCAGUUCAAGAAGAAGAAGCAGUUCAGCACCUCUCCCAAGAAGAGCUCAGGAGGACAAGGUGGUCCAUAUCCCUUCAAGGCCACCGGAGAAUUGAGUUUUGAUGCCAAGGCCAAGGAACAGCGCAAGUCGGCUGUUCGCUUCUUGAAGAGCGUCACUCCAUGCACCACUUGCGGCCAACGUGGUCACUGGUCCGGCGAUGCAGAAUGCCCUCAACGCUCCAACACCAAGAAGGGCAAGGGAAAGGGAAGUCAGGCUGAGGUUCAGUUCACUGAGACCUGCAACCUGAAGGACUUCCAGCGGCCCUUCCAUGCUGCUAUGGAGAAGGAAUGGUCCGCCCUUGUCGCCAACAAUGUUGUUUUGGAGCAUCCUGUCAUCAACAUCGCGGACACCUCUGAAGUGCCACAGAAUGACAUGGAUCAUGAGAAUGUCUUGCCCCCAACGUAUGACCUGAUCCAUGAGUACGCCGACAUGACGGCAAAUGACCCAGUCCUCGACUCCAUCGACGGCACUGGACGGAAUGCAGACGCCUACAUGAUGGCGAAUGACCCGGUCGCUGACCCCUCCGAUGGCAAUGGACCGGGAGCUAGUUUCACCGCUUCCAAGUUUUCCGAAUGCUUUGUCAACUUCAAGAGCCCAAUCCUCUGCGAGCAUGCCCGAGGAAAUGGUGGUCCUGAGCGUCAGUAUCAUCGUGGAGCAAACGGCCAUACGAGACACCUCUCCUGCAAGGACUGUGACAAGACCGUUUUGGUCGCCCGCCGGAAAGAACCUGUUCAGUUGUGGGGCUACAUGGUCCAGGUUCUCAUGGCCACAAAGUGGGGAUCAGCACUACGAUCCGAGGGUCUCUAUCGCUAUGCAGGCCGCCUGACUCACGAGUACGCUCGAGAACGAGAUGGACUACGUCCUCUACCACCACCUCGUGGUUCCUCCGCUAUGUCAGCUGCGCCCUCAGCCUGGGAGUUGGUCGCACCAAGCACUCCUUCAGGCUAUGUCAAGCACCAGGCCUGGCUCUAUGGAGUGCAGCUUGCACCAGGUGUUGAACUUCCGCCAUUUCCACCACUUGCGGAAGGUGAUGAAGACAUCUUGAUCCCUUUGCCUUCGGAUCAGGAACCUUUGAUGUUGGAGCAGGGAACGAUUCCUUUUGCAGUUGCUUCUGCCUCUCCCGAGUACGAGCCCUAUUGCCAGCAGGUAUUGCAGCAUGCCUUGGACAAUCAGCCCAUGGACCCGACGGUCUAUCGCUUUGCCUUCUACCUGUACGGCAAGGUCAAACUGGCAUGGGCAGCUGGCCACCGACUCGUGAAGGGUGCUGGAUCUUCUGCUGCCAAGCGAGGCAAGUCUGAUGACAUGACCGGCGCGAGGUACAUGAUCUUCCCUGUACGAGCAGACCCAUCUAUGCCUGCUCAGGUCCAAGAGUGCGAAUGCAUGAUGGUUGCCUCCGAAGAGAUCGAAGAGAACGUCAAGUAUGAGGCCUUUGCACUCGAAGCGCAAGACCCUCCAGGUCUGGCCAUCCUCGACUCCGGCUGCACAAGAACCGUGCACGGUUCAGAAUGGGCACAUCGCUUUGAAGAAGAGAUCUCCAAGUAUGACCUGGUGCCCAAGGUCCGUGACAAAAGACAAACCUUCAAAGGCAUUGGAGGAGCAGCCGAGUCCAAGAUUGUCAAGGUUUUCCCGGUUGGCAUUGGAGGAUCCCAUGGAGUCAUCCACUCUGCCGAGAACGACGGCCAGACACCAAUUUGCUGA